AAACACAAGACCACUAACACGAUCACGUGUUCAAAAAAAUUCCUUCGACUUCCUGGUAGGCUCGAGAUUAAGCCCCGCCUCCGUGUGCACACUUCCGGGUUAGUAGUAACAUUCAAAACUCGGGCUGUUUUGCGAGCAGCUGGUUACUGUUUUUCUUUUCUGGAUGUGGAUCGGUUAUGAACGGGCUGUGCGCGCCUCCAUGUGUUUACAACUUCGAUUUUAGAGAAAGUGAAAACUCGAGGUGGAAUGAAAAACGACAACAACAAACAGCUAACGCGAACUGUUUUGUUUUCGCCUCGGCCCGGUGAUCGCACUCCAGUGUGACUCCUGUCCCGCUCGUUCACUCUGCAUUCUGCGAUUUUGUACCGAGCCGAAGAUUGAAAAGUAUCAUGGAGAGAAGCGGAGGCGACCGGGAGGAAAAGAGCAAGCUUGACUUGCUGGAGGACAACAGAACCGACUCCGGUAUCGACUCUUUUAGGUCGUUAACCAGAGACGAUCGGUGCGGUACCGCGACUUCGGUACCGGAACCGAACAGCAGCGGGAGAGACGAUCAGGACAAACUGAGCACGGAGGAACGCUUGGACUCGUCCUACGGAUCUUCAUCCCUGACCUCGGAAAGCCUAAGCGACCUUAUGGUGAAAUGCAGUGUCUCUGGGACUCGAUCCGAGCCGCAGCAGGGCGAGUACACCGUGGACUACACCGAAGAGGAAGGAAACCUGCUGGCAACCAUCACAGAAGAUGGAGACACGUUACUCCAUUUGAGUAUUAUCCACGAGUUAAAAGAAUUCACGCACCAGCUGAUAAACCUGUUCCCAGUAGAGAUCCUGGACAUCCAGAAUAAUCUAUAUCAGACGGCCCUGCACCUGGCCGUGUACCUGAACCAGGAGUUCGUGGUAAAGGCUCUGGUGGAAACUGGUGCAUGUGUAGAGCUCCAGGACCAGGAUGGAAACACACCGCUCCAUGUGGCAUGCGAGCACGGCAGGUUUGAGUGUGCUAACGAGAUCAUCCGUCAGGCUUCAUCCUCCAAGCUCAGCCUGGUGUUUGCAACACAGAACUGGAGAGGUCUGACUUGCCUACAUGUUGCCACACUGCACAGAAAUCACAGAAUAAUGAAACUGCUGAUGAAGAAAGGUGUGGAUCUGAACCUUCAGGAGGGAACGAGUGGGAAAACAGCAUUGCACAUGGCUGUGGAGAUGCACGACGUGGAUUCGGUGACUCUUCUGCUAAACAGAGGCGCCAACGUAGACGCUGCUAUGCUGAAUGGAUGCACAGCACUCCAUCUUGCAGUCGGGCGCCAGGACGCCACCAUCACCAGCCAACUGUGCCAGGCAGGUGCCGACAAAAUGAUUCGCAACAUAGAGGACGAGACUGCAUUGGACCUCGCCGAUGGCAACGACGAUAUACUUGCACUGCUGCCAUUUGAUGACAUCCAGAUCAUGGGUAGAACAGUCGGCUUGAACUUCUAAGUGUAAAAAUCGUGUGUCGAGUCGUGUGUCCGUGAAUCCUGGGAGCUUCUGUUAAUAUCUAUUUCCUUAACUUUUAAAACCUUGUUUAUUUUAAAUUUUAAUGUAUGUUAGAGUUAAUAAUUUAUAUACAAUUUUGGGUUUGUGUUUGUUUUCAAAUGUGUUCCAAAUUGAUCUUGAGUUAUUAAACCAUUUGUCCUCUGUG